AAUAAUUCUAACAUUACAAAACCUCUCAUCUCCUCCCUCACUUUAUUCAGAACAGCAGCACGGCAGCUUCAGAGAGGUCUUUGGUUUGCAUUAUUGAGAUCUGCGCAAGAAGCACUCCAGAAACAAAUAAGAGAGGCAAUUUUGAUCACUUGUAAGAGGGAAAGAGUUAAAUAAAUACUUUAUAUGACAGACCGUGGGAAGAUGAAUCUGGACAAAGUCUACCACUGGCAGGCUUUCUUAUUCGUUCUUCUUUCUUUCCAGUCUCUUACAACAGCCCAAGAUGAAAAGGCAAUGCAGUCAGAUAUCAAGAAAAUGCUCAAUGGCUUCCCUCCUGGCUUCAUUCCCCAAACAGAAAAUGUGGUGUCACGAUGCUACGGAAAUGAUAAAAGCCUGCCAGAAAACCUAGAAAAUCUCAUUGUCAAGUCCAUCUUGCAAAUUGGAUCAAUGAUGGCAGCUAAUGCUCUUAAAAUAAACCAGACAGCUUUAGUCAACAAAUCAGACAAUAAUAAUACCAUGAUGAUGCCUAUGAAUAUGUCUAUGAAUAUGAACAUGAAUAUGUCUAUGAAUAUGAACAUGAAUAUGUCUAUGAAUAUGAACAUGAAUAUGAACAUGAAUAUGCCUAUGGAUAUGAAUACGAUUAUGAAUAUGCAUCAAAAUAUGACCAUGAUGAAACCAGGAAACAUCGUGAACUGCACCUUUUUCCUGGUUAUGCUGGAACUCAUACGGAACACCACUAAUGAAACCCAGGGCCUUGUGACUGCCAAGAACCCCUUUUGUCCUUUGCUUAGUUUUGCUGCACCUUUAGCCUGGGAGGCUCUGGUAACAGACACCAAUUAUAUGAAUCACAGCCUUUUUCAGCUUAUGCUCUGGAGUGCUCAGCCUUUCAUCCAGUUUGGACUGAAGCCUGAAAAACUCAGCAGUAUGGCACCAAAAUUCUUUAUGGGUUCACACAGGAAACUGGCGAUGGACAUGUUCAACAAGUUCUACGAUAAUAUGCCUCAGGGUGCAAAGGAGAAGAUUGUCCAGUGGGUGAAAAGCAGUGUCAUCAUGGAGACGCUGAAUUGCACAAUGGGAAACCAGAUGACCAGUGAAGCAGGGAUGAUAAAAGGUAAAUGUCCAGAGCAACCAGUUUGGCUGAAGUCAGAUGCUUUGAGUAGCCUUGGCCGUUUUCUGCCUCAGAUUUCUGACUCUGACCUUGACCAAAUAACUGCAGACGAGCUUUGCAAAUUCUUCAAUCAAAGUACUUUCUUCGACACAUUUAAGCAGAUGUAUGAUCUGAACCAGAAACAGGGAAAGAUGUUAAUAUCCAAACUGUCCUCACAAUGCCUGAACCCUAAGAUGAGCGAGAGCGUGUUUGCCAGGCUCGGCGCUCUGGCCUGUUUCUAUGACAAUGUGGGCUCACUGAACAAGAACCAGAGCCAAAUCCUGUUACCUCAGAUGUCUGGUUGCAAAAAUCCUGGAACUAACAAGAUCAUUACAGAUAUGAUGAAAACUGCAAUGGGGUCAGAACCCUUAACAGCACAGAUGUUGAAAACCCUGGGAAACACAACAAAGGGAUUAUCUGUCAGUCAGCUGUGCAGCAUGAAUGGUAGUGAUAUUCGAAAUAGCAUUGAGGACCUUGGCAAGAUCAGCUGGACCAAAGAACAAUCAACAGCCUUGGUCCAAAAAUACAUUAAGGAGGUCAAGACUCCCAGCUCAAGUGACCUAGUCAAGAUGGGGAAGUUAAUCAAAGGUGUGCCCUGUUCUGUGAUUCAAAACAUGAAGGGGGACCAACUUUUCAAUAUAGCAGGAUUGGAAGACAAUGCCCAGGAUCUCUCCCCUGCUCAGAAAAAAGCAUUAAUAAACACGAUUCUGAACAACGUGAAUAUUUCCACUGUACUCCAGACGUUUUCUGGCCCCUUAAUUUCCACCCUGUCUCUGUACACCAUACAGCAAGCCAACAUCAACACAGUUGACAGGAUUGUGGGCAAGAACUGGACCAAAUGCCAGGCCAUCCAUUUGGUAAAGCAGGUGUUUUCUGGAAAAAUCCAGGCCAGCGACAUAAAGAAACUUGGCUCCGCUAUCCAGGGCAUCACUUGUGACAUGUUCAGUUCAUUAAGUGAUCAGGACAUUUUGACAACAGCAAGCAUCCUGGAGCAAAAUAAGGACUGGCUUUCUAGACAUCAGAUGAUAUGCUUUGCAAAAAAACUUUGGACAGCUCUAAACACGACACGGGCAGAUUACUUCAGCAGCAUUCAAGAUUCAGAAAUGCAGUUAAUCCCAGCAGUUUUCUUGAUCUACUUACCGCCUAGCCAAAUUGCCAAAAUUCCUGCCAAAGCUUGCUCAUCCUUUCUUGAAAAGAUGGCUUCUGCUGACAUCACCCUUCUACCUCGAACAUCUCUGACUCGCCCUGCCCUCAGGGACAGGGCAUUAUUGUGUCUGAACAAAACAUUGCCAUUAAUAUCUUCAAGUGACUUGCAGCAACUGGGACUCCUAGUGUGUGAACUAAACAUGACAGAGAUACCAGCUAGUGUUCUCGAUACCAGUCUUCAGCUCUUCACGCAGUGCAGGCAGCUCUCUAGUAGCAACAAGGCCAUUCUGGCCAAGAGGAUGUUGACAACCUAUGGGAAUUGCUCUAGCUGGAAAGAUACUACAAUAACAUCUCUUGGCCCGCUCAUGACUUUCCUAUCCAGCAGUGACCUUCAAACUUUGCCUAAUGCGGUAAGGAAAUCAAUCCAAGGAGAGUUAAAAUACAUCCUCUUCAUCCAUCCAUCUGCCCCACCUUCCCCACGACCCUGCCCUAGAUAUAUCCUUCUCCUCUUUUUUUAA